UAGAAAUAACCAGUAAGUAUCUAAACUUAUAUAUAGGAUAGAUAAGUGUUAUAUUUAGUGAUUGGUAAAUUGUGGGCUCUGAUGUGGAUCAUGAAAAGUAUUCAUAACGUUGAAAUGACACAAAACUAGUGCUCCCGGCCAGAAAAAAUACAGAGUCGAAUAAAGAAAAGUUUUCAAACUGGAUCCAUUGUGUUAUUUCCGUGAGUACUACAAAAACGGCAUUUGUCAAUUCUGUUAUACGAAAGUGGAGAAAAGAGAUUUCUACAUGGAAAACAGAUGAACAAAAUCAAUUAAUACAGUUUCUGCAUGAUGUUGGAGCAGACAAAGUAAACGAAUCGACGGGAGGGUUGUCAAAAUGGUCAAUGUCUUGCCACCCCCUGUGUAAUGAAAUAUUGCAGCAUUUGGUGAAAUUGCAGAGGAACCCAAAACGGAAAAUCAACUGGAACAGCUGUUUAUGUAAAUAUAUAGGAGGCGCACAGGUAUCUCUAGAAAUACAAAUCUGGUGUUUGGCAAAUAUGUUUUUACUACCCGGAACUACAAGCACGAAAGGACCAGCCGAUACGGAUGCUUCGACGUUUUUUCAAAUGAUGAACAACUGUGAGCUUUUUAAAAUUGAUGAUGGAGACAGACUUUAUGAGGAGAUGCUGGAGGUUCGGACGAGAAUUCACCAUUCUGCUACGUACCUGCUAAACAAAGACGAAACACGAAAAUAUUUGAAAGUCAUGACAGAUCUGCUGGAAGCAUUUGACGAGCCUGAAUGUAAAACUGCCGUUAAGCAAAUACGAGAGAUGGAAGAUCAACUUAUUAUGAUGGUGUCUGUGCCUGAUGAAACUUUCAAAAAAAUGGCAGAAAAUGCUCUUGAUUUACAAAAGAAUUUUCUUCAUACGGCAAUAGACUACAACAAAAAUAAAGGACUCACAACUGAUGAUUUGGAAGUAAAACUGGACGAAACAGAUAUGGCAAGAAAAACGAUGACAGGAAGUCCAUCGCGAUUUGGACUUAAAUCUCGAAGAGAAUACAAGAAUGAGAAUCAAGAGUAUAGAGAGAAGUUGGAACAAAUGAAAAGUCUUGCUUCGAAGAUGGAGGAACUUAAAACAUUGUCAUCAAAGUUCAAAGAUCAAAUACAAAAGAUAGAUGAAGAAACAACACCAGAAGAAGCAGGAUGUAGUGAGAAUCUUGUAGAUCUUUUGUUGAAAAGGGUAUCUUCUAUAAGCAAUCAAGAUGCAAAGGAAAUUCUUGUCAGUUUAUGCAAAAGUAUUCCGAAAGAAAUGCAAUGUAUGAAGAUGGACAGCACAAACAGCUGUGUUUGCGGAAAGUGCACAUGUCGUAAAUAAAAUGUUGAGAAGUAUGAACCAGUUGCCAGGCAGGACUAGUUCCAAACUGUUUUGUAUGACAUCAGACAUUUAAUUAUUGGAAUUAUAUUAAUCGGAUAAUUAUGCUUUAUGUCUUGGAGUAGUCAUGUUUGAUUUAAAUCUUUAUGAUGAUAUCUCGCCUGUAUCUUAAUUUUCUUCAAUUUAUCUGUCAUUACAUUUAAAUCAAAUACUUGCAUAAAACUUUCCAAGUAUUUGGCAACACGAAGACGAAAUCAAGGCUAAUUCAACAAAUAUCUUUAUUUUACUAUCAUUAUUGACUGAAUGUCUAGACUAUUUUGUUGAAUUGUACUUUCGAUGAUAGUUACUUGCACACUCAGCAAAGCUUUUUUUAUAGAUUUUGUGAGUUUCAGUCCGUUAUAUUUUUCUUUUCAGAGAAAAUGUAGCACAAUUCUUAUGAAAGAAACACAGGCAUGCGUAUAUUGAAAUAUUGUCUGAUAUUUAGUUUAAGACAUGUUUUAUGAAAGCUGUUGAGCCAAGCAAGUAAACAAAAGAGAAUACAAAAGUCCUUUGGAAAUAUACAAUAUUCUAAAUUGACUAUUAACAUUUAUUUAAAUACGUUAGUAAACUUUCUCCAAUCAGAGUUAAAUUCUGUAUAUUUGUAUUUUGAAACGAUUUAUAUUUUUUUUUCAUUUUUGUAUUCUGUUAAGCAGAAACUGUCGUGCUUAAAAACAAGUAUGUGGGGUUAGGAUUAACAGCAGUUGAUAGUAUUAAAGAAAUGAUCGGUCAUGAUAGUAUUUUGAACUGGUUAAACGAAAAUAUGACUGUAAUUUGUUUUGUUUUAAGAUAAUAUAAUUUUAAUUAUGUGCAUCUAUUCCAAAAUGUAAGCAUGGUAGCAGCUUUAGACUUUAUAUUAGAUUUUCUUUUACUAAAGUGAUUAAGACUAGACAUGGUUAAAGUAUUUUGUCUUGACAGUUUUAUAUUGAGAACGUCACUCCCAAUGCACUUAUGUCCGAGAGGCAUUCAAUAAAUUCUAUUAGCUAUAGCCUUUGUUAAAACGUUCUCGAAACUAUUGCAGGUGAUUGGGGAUUUGUGUUAAAUGUAACACUAGUAAACAUGCGAGAUUUCAAGAAAUGACAAAUACUCGCGAUGUAUAUUCUUUCAACUGCUAUGGGCGGCGGUUACCGUCAAAAGUAGUAAAUAUACAACCCAUUCAUUAACGAGCCAGUCAGUGCAGUGCAUUUUAACACCGUCUUGUCUAAAAUUUUAUCCUCUCCAGUAAUUUUUCGUUCAAUGCGUUGUAUUAAGAUACCAUUUAAUACAAAACUUCAUUCCAUCUAUUUUAACAUGAAACGAUAAUUUAAAACCGUUGUUGCGAUGCAUAAAAAUCUGAAACCGUCUAAAAAGUUAUGGUGCCAUGCAGCCCAGUGUAAAAAACGUUUGACGCAACAUGAGUUCAUGCAGGGUAAAAUGAAAUGAUUCGUUAAAACUAGAUACCAUCUAAUAUGCAUAUUGGAACCACGUUGUUUAAUACAAAGCGGUAAGAACAUGCUGCCAUGCAGUGCAAUGUAAAACCGUCCGACAAAUUAUGGCGCCAUGCAGUCCAUUGCAAAGACGUUCGACGCAACCCGAGCUCAUGCAGUGUAAACUGAGAUGAGACAUUAUAGUCAGGUGGUUUUAGUGACAAAAGUGCUCUAGAAAUCAUUUUAUGAGGGCUGGCAUGUUAAUGCCCGAAGACAACGUACUUGUUGAAGCUUGAACCUUACCGGUUACAUUGAUAGCUGUCUCUAAAAAAUAUAACGAUGUUUUAUGUAAAUUAGAGUGGUCAAAAGGUCAUGCUAUGAAAUUCUGAUUUUGCAACUUUUUUUUAUGUAGCUUUUAUUUCAAUAAUCAUGUACUGGCAAUUUUUCUGGAAAAAUGUACCCAAAUGUAUUAUGAAACUAUUUUUAGUAACUUAGAAUUGAUGCAAAGCUAAAACAGAACAUGACACAUAGAAACAAUGUCUGAAAUUACGGUCAAAGGUCGUGCACUUUAUCUAUUUACGUCGAGACAAAGUCAUCUAUAGAUACUACUAACAUGUUAUCCAAAAGGGAUAAAUGGAAUUCAUUCAAACUUCAUACAAAGAGAGAUUUUCUCACCUUGACCAUUUUUUAUUAAAUCUAUUUAAUAUGUGUAGUUGAUAAUCGGCAGUUAGAAUUCCGAUAGACUUAUUGUACACGGUUGUCACAGUGUAUUCUCAAAUAUUUUCAACCGAAAGAAAAAGAAGUUCUUCUACUAGUAUACCAGUAAAAAAGCAGUGAGGAUUGCAAUUUAUGUGAGUUGUGUAAAUUAGAAUUACGAGAAAUACACAGUGAAACACCCGGCUGCAAAUGUAGGAAGUACAACAUUUUAUCCCCAGAUAUACGUGAACAUUUAAAAGAAUUUUAUUGCUUUUAUAUUUCAAUACAAUAUGCAAUAAAUUUCAAUAUGUAUAUACCAGAUAUAAUAAAGUCAUAUGUACGCA